CCGAGAGAACCGACACCCGCGAUUAUUAAUUACGCUUAUACAUGCGUUCAUUUAUUUAUUUACUAUCAAUCGUGUGUAUCUGAUAAAAAAAAAUAUUUUUUUAAAUUCAUUAUUUUUUAUUUUUAUUUCAACUUAAAAUUUUGAUUUUUUAAAAUUUAUUAUUAUUAAAAAAAAGAUAAUUUACAAAAAAAAUCGAACAAUAAAAUAAAUGUGUAAAUAAAUUUUGUGAUUAAGAUAAUUAAAUAAAAAAAUUAAGAAAGAAAAAAAACGUGAAUCGAUAAAGUCAAUCGUGUGAACAUGAGAUAAGGACGCAGAAAAGAAUAAAGAAUAAAAAGAGAAAAAAAAAUUAUAUAAAAAAAAAAAAAAAAAAAAUUAUAUAAAAAAAUAUUGAAGAAUUCAGAAGCUUAACGAGAAAACGUUAGUAUCUAAGGAAAAGAGAAAUGACGAAUGAUGUCGAGGAGAAAAAGAGUAAAAGUGGUAAAAGAAGAGUUACAUAGUACAGAGAAAAAUAUAAAGAGUUUUGGAGCGAUUUUAGUACGACGUCGUCGUGGGCAGCCAACAUACAAAAUCCGAUGUACAUCACGUGAAGUGGCAUUAAAACAAUGUGAAAAAGACAGAGCAAUGACAAAGAAUAAAAAUUGAAGUAUAUAUAUACAUAUACCGUAAAAUAAUAGAGAGAAAAAAGAUGUGGAUGCUGUCAGGACGUAAAACGACGAUUGAAGUGGUGAAAAUCGAUCAGAGAAGAAGUGUUCAGUCAUUAAGACUUUGUCAAGCCAAUUAGAGAGACAAAGUGAGACGUUUUUGGUAAGGAAGACAUCAAACAAAGACACUAAGAACCGUUUCAGAGAGGAAGAUUCCUCAUCAGGAGUCCAACAGAAGACAAAAAAAGUUAUGGCUGCUGGUUCGGCUGUAGCCAUGAUAGGGGCUAAUUUGCGGUUCGGCAUCGGUGCGUCUGGCAAUGUAACAUCUAAUGCGACAAAAGUAUUCCAGUGUCAUCCCGGUGGAGUGACCGAAGCAACUGUGAUAUUCAGUCUCGGCGCACUUGGAAUGGGCGCCAAUAUAAUACUUAUGGCACUGAUACUUGCCAAACGUCAGCUCAGAAGGUGGUCGCAGGGCUUAUUAUUUCAUCAAGCAAUGGUAGAUUGUGCUAGAGCAGCAAUAUUAUUACCACUUGGAUCGAGUAUUUUGAAUUGUCAGCCGGUUAACAAGUGUUCACUGGUUGAGACUGCAUUUUUAUUACUCGUCACAGUCUCAACAGUCAAUAUGCUAACGACUGUACUUAAUGACAGUCCUGUUUUUCCAGAAAGUGAUGAAGAAGCUGAUCUUACGGCUCCACUUCUUAUGGAUUCACCCCAGUGUGUACUUUUCGGUACUUUUAUGAUAUGGUUUGCUAGCAUCACAAUAAACCUCGGGCCUACUUUUUUGAGUGGCGCACUUGCCGCUAAUACUGAAACCAGUCAUAAUGCACCCAGUUGUCCACUGGUACACGGUCCAUUCCGACAUUACAUUUUAAAUGUUCUCUGGAUAGCUAUAAAUAUUAUAUGUGUUGCACUCACAUUGUUUCAUCUAAGAAAAUUGCACAGAGAUCUCACGAAAGCCAAUGUUGAAGCCGUUCGGGUCGCCGGUCUUGUCACGACACUCGUCAAUGUCACAGGCGGUGGUCACGGUGGAACGAACGGAGUCGCAGACGGUGGAACCACAGAUCAGAGAAAUGGCACUACUCCAAAGAGGGGUGGUGCAUUAGAAGAGCAUCGGAAGAUGAGAAAUUAUCUAAGGCGAAUGGAACGUGAAGGAGUUCAAAGGGUCAAAAUGUUUCUAGUCAUCACUGCAGCAUAUCUUAUAUUCUGGGGUCCCUUAUUUUUUGUAACACUUGUUCAUCACCCAGUAAUUGGCAAUGCAACUGGAUAUGAGGUCACUCUACACAUUGCUUACAUUCAUGCUUUUGUCAACCCUGCUUUGUUCCUAACACUUCAUCGAGGACUUCGCCAGGGUAUUUCGGACGUAUGCUGCGGUUGCUGUGAAAGUUUUGCACGAUGGAUUUUAGGAUCAGCGACAAAUACACCAAUACAAUCAGUACAACCACCAAGGUAUGAAGCACCAUUGAGUGCUCCAUCACCACCAGAUCCACCACCACCUCCAAUAUCAGCUACUGCAGCUGCGUCUUUGGAUUUAAGUGACGUUGCUCUUUUGAAACCUCCAUUGCCUCCAGCAGCUAAAUAUCUUCCGCAAGAUGAACCAAUUACGAUAUCAUCUGAUCCAUGGAGUGUAAUAAUACCACGACCCAAAAGUAUUUUGAGUUUAUAUGAAGAAAAAUUAUCAAGAAGGCCGAGCUUAGUGCUUCCGGUUAUGAACGAUAUGACAACGGCAACUAGUCCAACAAGUAGCGACAUGCCAAGUGAUUAAUAUUACUAUAUAGAUUAGAUACUAAAUAAAAUAAUAUAAUUACAAAAUAGAAGAAAAAAAAAACGUAAUAGUAUUCCUGAGAAAUUUUCGAAAAUAGUUGACAUCGAUGCGGAAUAUUUUUUUACAAUAUAUUUAAAUUAUCAAAAUAUUUCUCUCGUGCUAUUUCUUCCAUAAUAAAUAAUAAAUAAUAAUAAUAAUAGUAAUAAUAAAUUACUGACCUAAUAUGUAAUAAUGAUGAUUGAUGAUAAAUUUUUUCCAAGACAUGUCCUUACAGACUGAUUUUUAAAAUCUGCAUUUAAUCAGUACACUUUUCUAUCUUAUUCAUUACAUCUUUAUCCAUUAUUCAAUUUUCCGCAGAGUGUCUUUGUCUCAUUGCUUUAAUAAGACACCGAAUUUCAUGAACGAAUUUAUUAUCGAUUAAGUUUAGAAUUUUUCAUACAUUAAAUAAAAUAAUAACACUAAUAAUUUGUCGAGCUACUGUACUAUUGCUUAAAAACAUUAUUCAAAUAUCUUUUAGCUGACGAGAAAAUUAAUAGUUGAUAUUUAAAAAUAAAUAGAAUAGUUAUUUAGUCUGUCAGAAGCAUGAAAUGUAAUUAGUCGUUAGAUAAUUUUUAUAAAUAAUGCAAUGAUUCAUGUAAAUUUAUUCCAUUUAAACUAAUGUCCAUUUAAUUAAGCCCCGUAUGUAUGUAAUUAAUUAAUGAAACUAAAUUAAAAUUAUAUGUGGUAAAUUUACAUGAAAGUGGUAAAGCACAAAAUCUAAAUUAAUACAAAUGAAAUAAAAUAUAAAUUUUAAAUAAAAUUUAUUGUAAAAUAAUUUUUAAUUACUUUUAAUUUGGCAGCCAUAUCAACAAAACAUAGUACGGGUGAGCGAAUUGAAUGAUUCGAUUUUUCCAUUAAUUCGUAAAUUUUCGAAUUAUCCAAAAGUUUUUUAAUUAUUUGUAACUGUUCAAAUUACUCGAUAGGAAUCAAGAAAAUUUUGAUUCCAGUUUUCAAAUUUUCAAUUUUUAUUUUAUGGAGAGUUUACACUGUAAAAAAUCGGGAAUUAAUUCGGAGUGAUUACAGAUUUUAUUUAAAUUCUAAUUUACUUCGUCACUCGGAGUUCCGGAGUUUUAGAAAAAAUCAGUACGCAUACAGAAUAAAUAGGGAUUUUUUUUUUCAGCAGAGUGAUUUCGAAGUGAUCUGCAUUUUUUAAAAAUCCACAUUCAUUCCACAUCAUGCUCCGUGUAAAUCAAAUAAAUACACAGGCAUCCAUUCCGCGUUGACUCCGGAUAUAAUCCGCAUUUACUUCGAAAAUUUUUUAUAGUGUAGUUUUUAAAGUAACCAAAAAUAAUUUUUCCAUAGAUUCAUGUCUGAAUUCUAUUUACUUCGGACAAAAAUUUGAAUCAUUGGAAAAAAUAUUACAAUGUUAUGACAUACAAAAAAAAUUUUGAAAUUAUCCAUAAAUUUUGGAAUAUUUCGAUUCGAUUCUAUACAAGUAAUUCGUAAAUUCAAACUAGUCGCACACCUAUGAGACAUAUAUAUUAGGGUGAUCCAAAAAAUAACAAACUUUUUUUUUUUUCUUCCA